GCCAGACAAUGACGAUGCAAUAAAUGCGAUCGAUUCGAUAGCGUGCAUUAGGGUUAUUAUCUAGUAACCUAAGGUUUCAUCUAGUAAAUUACCCUUACUGAAGUAACAAGCGGCUGGAAAAUCCGAGGUAACUUACAGUUCAAUACUCAAAUUAUAGGGCCUGGAUGAAGUGAAUCACAAUAAGUCUUCCCACGCAGCGAAGAUCGGACGCGGAAGUUAGUCUGCAUCCUAACAGGAAAAAACAGACCAAGCUCUUUACUCGGUAAGUCGACCCGCGUUUUCGUUAUGGCAUUUGUUUUAAAGGUUGAUUCUGGAUGAUUUGUUGAUCUAUUUCUUAAUGUGAGCCAAACACGGUAAAAAAACUGAGGUGUUUCAACUUUGACGAUAUCGCCCAGUACAAACAACAAUAUUUCAUCAGUGUUUCAACUUUCGUCGACUGCAAAGCGAUUGAAAGCUUUCCGAACAGCCAUAUAUUAUGAAUUAGCGUUUAAUUGUUUUUUUCUUGCGAGAAGGUUUCUAUAUCAGUUCUAAGAGGUCGAGCGAAAAAGGAGAGUUUUCUUUACGAGAAACAUUUGUCGAGCCGGCUGCAAUGACUGCUUUGAGAAAUCUGAAUGAUCGAGCGCGGGAGUUACACUGCCUAGCAGGCAAAAAUAGACCAAGCUUUACUCAGUAAGUCGAUCAGUUUUUUCGAUGUGACAUUAGUUUAAAAGUUUAUUUUGGAUGAUCUAUGAUCUCUUUCUUAAUCUGAGCCAAACACGGUCGAAAACACGAAGUGUUUUAACUCUGACGACAUCGCACAGCACAGACAACAGUAUUUCAUCGGCGUUUGAACACGCCUUCUCUGCACUGACUCUAACCAGCCACUUUCGUCGACUGCAAAGCGAUGUAAAGCUUUCCGAAUAGCCUUAUAUUUAAUCCAUCGCGCAGACGUCUUUUUGAAUUAGCGACUAAUCGCUUUUCGCGUGUUAGAAGGUUUCUAUAUCAGUUCUAAGAGGUCUAGCGAAAAAGGAGAGGUUUACCUCCGUGAAACAUUUUUCGAGCUGCCAUGACUGCACGUCUUCGAGUCAUGUAAACUUUGGGAAAUCUGUGCCGUUUUAUUUCGAUGUAAGGCCUUUUCUUUCGUAUAUCGACUCAGCUUUGCUAUGGAACAAAACAAAUUUGAUUGGAACGAAACGAUGGAAAUGGAACAGAGCGGUGGGAUACAAAAGUUCGACUUCUGGGCGAAAGCUGUAGCCCGCUGCCAUCGCUCAGGGAAAACCAGUAGUAACACUGGGAUACGUUUUAUGAUCGCCAACUGAAAACGAGUGACUCUAGAUCAAGUUAUAAAUCGUAUAAAUUUCGUUUAUCGGUCUAGCUUUGGUAUACAUCAUGUACAUAUUUAACAGAACCUGAGUUCAUUCCACCAUGAAAAACUAAAUGAGAAACGGAAUGAAAUUUGUGAACAUCAUGAUCAGACACUUCCAAAGAAUUCCUAAUCCUCAAUUUCAACUCAAUACGCAUACUAACUUUAAAAGUCCCUGCAAAUAGUCAAGCCGAAGGGCAGAUGGAUAAUACGUUGUUAUUUUUUCGUCUAGUGUGAGUAAAUUAUGCAAAAGCUUGCUACAGGCGUAGCCUCGGAUCAAUGAUCAUUAGUUUAAUCAUGUUUUGCACGCAUGAAAAGCACUGCAUACGACUGUUUUCAUUGAUAUUCUCGAGCUUGUCACCAGAAAAGCCAGUCUCUUGAUCUUAACGAUUAAAACUCGCGUAACAAACGUCAUUUGUCGGCGAGCACUGCUCACGCUUUGGAUCGGCAGAGUGAAUAAGCGCCUCAUCUACCAGAUUUGAUUCAGUUGACAUAUGUGACAAGUGUAAUUUAAUCAGAAGUACUUCCGGAAUGAUUUCAAUCGUGAAGAGUCCCUUCGAAAACAAACUCAACUCUUAGACUUUAACAGACCGAUAUCAUCUUAGUAUUCCAUUGAUAUCCUGAAUUUACUCUUUGAAGCAAAAUUUCUCAAAACAGAUGUCAAUAUCAAAACAUGACGUGAUUCGAUAAUAUAACGAGACUAUCGGAAAAAAAUUACGGGCGAACAACGCUUCAUAUUUGGACAUUUACGCUGCUGUCUUAGAUAGACAAAACUCUCUAUUCUAGUCUCGAGGAACAAUCCAUAUGAUUUAGAUAGCUGCAAAUCCUGUUGAUUCAAAUUUCCAUCGAGCAGUUAUACCCGGUAUAACUGCUCGAUGGAAAUUUGAAUGAUUCAUAAAUUUUGAAUUGCAGGUUGGUUCAGACAUGAUAUGUUUCUGCCUGUCGCGUGCAUGUAACACUAAAAUUUAAAUUAAUCAUCACACAGUCAUUUUUCUUCAAGAAAGUUCUAAAUAGAGCGGGGUUUCUCAAGAGAGGAGGAUCCGCAUCUUCUAAUGAUUUUCUAACUGUGUGCCAUGCUUUCAGUAAGACUUGAUGGCUUCACAGUUGAACAAUGAAAGGGAUUCCAAUGUUUUAAUUUAGAUUUCGCGAAGAGGUUUAGUUUAUUUCCAAGUGCCAUGCGAGCUAAACCCUUGGACUAAUAAACUCCCUUAUUCAGAGGUGGCUGAAAUUGCAAAGCACUUAUCAACAUUACACUACAUUCACCAAUGACAUUAUGCCAGCACCAAAUUUGUAAUUUACUAAUCAUUAACGAAUGCAUUGCGAGGGAACUGCAGGCACCGAGCGCAGUUCAUUUCAUCUGUAGUCUUCACGUCAUCAGAAACAGGAAAAAAUAAAACGAAACAAAUUGUUUUGAAAUUACUUAAAGUUCAUCUAAACCGUUUCAGAUAUUAUUAUAAGACGCAAGGCACCUUGAUUUCUCGUUUUUUCCUCUUUUCCUUCUUUUUGAUUUUCAUUCCCUUGUCCUUUUUUUUAACAGUUACUAUAAUUUUUUACUAUUAUUAUUAUGAAACAACCUACAGAAACCACAGUGACUCUUUCCACAGUAAAGAAAUCAAAGUUCAUAUUUUAUGUUUAAUAUGCACGUUUAAUUAUUCCAUAGGAGUUUUCAAAGAGAACAUUUGCCAGCUUUAUAAAAAGAAAGAUGGCUCCUACCUCUGGGGAAUUGUCCCAGGAUAAGCGACGUUGGUUAGUUAUAAGUAUAUGUCUCCAUAUUGUCGUCAUUCCACGUCUCAGAGGAAUAAUUGCUGAAAAAAUUAAAUCAGUCUACGAUUCGAAGAAACGGAUGAACCGCAUAGACACUCAAACCCAUUCAAAAUAUCUGAGUAAGAUUUUUCCAGGAGCCAGGAGAGAUCUGAACUACGAGAGCAUAAACGGAAACGACCACCAAGACCCUGAAAACUUCGAUUACAAAGUUGAGGAUGCAGUGUCUUUGGCUAAGCUUUUGGUUCAACCUUUCAUGGCAAAAUUCACUGCAUUCGAUGACUCCUUCGAUACUUCAGCUGCCUUGGCCGUGCUCUCAUAUGAAGGAUUAUUCAGGCCUGGUGUUACCAAGUCAGCAAAAGACGUUAACUUUAACGUGCGCACGGAAUGGGCACAUCCAGACUUUACUAAAUGGACAAAGAAGUAUUAUACUGAUUGCUUCAGGUUCCUGAAGGAUUUGGUUUCUCAUAUAUCGGUGGAAUUUCCUGAUUGGACGGAUAACACGCAGAUCCUGCAAAGAUUACAGUGGUGGAAAAAGCAUGGUAUGUUAGGGUAGCUUAAAAAGAAAUAUAGUUGUUGAAUUGAUGUUAGAGCAGCCUCUACCUCUCUUGGCAAUCGAUAUCUACUUAUAAUGAGGCGGAGAAAGGAUUUCGUUCGUUAAGGAUCCACUCGCGUCAAAAAGUGUAAUUUAUUGCGUUACUCAUGUAAAGGAUCCCCUGACUUCGCCAUCAGAGAUAGCUUUGGUUCAUAUUUGUUAAGUUGUAACUUGGAAUACAGUUAGCGAUUAUACAUUUUAUUUAAAUUAUUGUAUAACUUCAUGUUGGUAUUAGAAGGGUUACUUUGUUCCAGUUUCGUUCCAUAUAGGCAUAACCUAUUGCAGGCUGCCUGUAAUGGACCUAAUUAAACGGUUAGGGUUGUCACUAGAGGUAGGUAGAGCGUUUGAAUUACUAAUCGAAAGGUCAUGGGUUCGACUCCCAUUGAGAGCCCUGGGAGUUUUUUUUCUCGGAGUAUGCCUCUGUCAUUUACUAAGAAACAUCACCUUUUGCUAAUGGCCAGUUCGCUAACGUCGUCAGCUGUUUCGCCAACGUCUCAGGUCAGUUCGUUAACGUCUCAUAGGUCGUUUCGCUAACGUUUUGGGUUAUUUCAGUGUCGUCUCUUUAGUUUUAAUUUCCAAUUUUAGUUUGUUUUAUAUGUUAAAGAACAACUUACCCUGACACACUGAAUGUAGGCUAGUAAAUGUUCGUAAAUACCGACACUUACUACAAACUUGAGUUACAAGAAAUUAUCUUUUCUCCUCUAAGUCACUGUUACAGUUAUUGAGAGCAACCUGAGACGUUAAAGCGCGCAGAAAUCUUGAGCCGGGAGCUUGACAGCGACCUGCGAAUUGACUUUCAGUUUUUCCUUAAAACGACUAACUCCCACCACGAAUUUUCGGUCGAUUAGAAGUUGAUCAAGUUCUGCCGAUAGAAUCACUAAAAGUUUUGUUAUACGUUAGCGAAUUGCUCUAAGAUUACGACGAAACGACCUAAGACGUUAGCGAAAUGGUCGUUAGCGAAACGAAUCGUACGCGGAAGGACAGGUUACCUCUUUCACCUGUUCUAAACUGCUUUAUGACCAAACAAAAAUAUUACAAGACGAAGAAAGAGGUAAAGUUAGUUGCUAUGUGCGGCUUCAUCAUAUAUGAAGUACACUUAUCUUAAACUUGGCAAACUCUACAUCAACCAAUUGAUGACUAACUUCUUUUUAACAUAUCUUAACAGGAACGGUUUUUUGUCUUGGGAGUCUAGAUGUCCCCGAUUUUCUUCGCGACUCUUUGCAGGAGGUGAAGGCUUUCUCCAAAACCUUUACUGAUUUGAGAGGAACUUUGAGCGAGGAGGUUCAGCUUCAGAUAAGUGAAGCACUUGAGUCAUUCAAAUCUGAGCUAAGAGUGGAAGUGGACUCACUUAACAUUAGACAGUCCAAGUUGGAGUUAAAUCAGAAUCAGGAAAUCAAAGAACGACGAGAUGGACAGGAUAACAUUUGUGACAGAUUAAGUACACUUGAAAGUAACCAGGAAGCUUUAAAAGAGGAAGUUUGUGCCUUAAGAAAGGAAAGGAAAGGCGUUGAGAAUGAAAUCGAAGUGUUAAAAAAGACAGUUCUAGAAAUGCAAAUGAAACUGAAGGAAAAAAAAGACGUUGAGACGGAAAACAAAGUCUUAAAAAAGACAGUUCUUGAAAUGCAAAUGAAACUGAAGGAAAAGAAAGACGUUGAGGAUGAAAACGAAGUCUUAAAAAAGACAGUUCUUGAAAUGCAAAUGAAGCUAAAGGAAAAGAGAGACGUUGAGAAUGAAAUCGAAGUCUUAAAAAAGACAGUUCUUGAAAUGCAAAUGAAGCUAAAGGAAAACGAAGUUCUUGAAAUUCAAACACAAUUCGAGACGCUAAGAACAACUAACGCAACUUUUGGAGAGCAAGAACAGAUUCAGGACAGCGUUUAACGCGCCAACUCUUUGCUCUAGUUCUGGAACAGACUAAGAGCGAAAAAAGGUUGAAAUAGCCAGGACUCUUGUAAAAAGAAGCGCUUUGAAGGAUGAGACCGCACUUUACUGCUAUUUGUUUUAAAAUAGAUGUACACAUUCGAUUCAGAGCCAUCUUAAAUUAUUAAAGAAUUAAGGUUUAGUCAAAUACGACCUUGCAGUCAGACUGACAUAAUCAGUUCUGUGAGAAUUUUUUUCUUUUAGACCUAGAGAGUAUUGAUUCUUACAUUAACUGUAACCAUGUUAUUUAGGUCGCAGACUGAAAAAAAUUCUGAUUUUUCCUAAUUAAUCAAAGCUAUACCUGCGUCACCAGAGUCGCAAGCCUAUGCUGAAAAAGAAACAACAAAAGCAACAACAUAAAACAUAGAAACCUAUGCAAAACAAAACAAAACAGAAAACAAAAACUGAAUAGAAAAAACUAAAACAGCAAAAAACAAAAACAAAACCCAAAAAAACAAAAAUAAAAACUGAGCGAACAAACAAACCAUGAUACUAGGAGUAGCUGCUCGACUGCUUAUUAUAUUAGUAGAAUACAAAAAAAAUCUGUAUAUAAAACAUCUUAAAGAAGAUUCAGUUCAGGCUAUUUGAAUAAAUCUAGAAUUACAUUUUCCCAAAUAAACUCUUAACGUCUAUUUACAGGGUAAAAGGAGCUUACGGAGAAAUAGAGUUCUGAAGAUUAUAUUUUAUGGAUGGGGUAAGGUUUUAAAAUGCCUACUUUGGAAGAGAACUGCAAAGUACAUUAUAUAAUUAGUCUCUUUUGUGUUACUGGCUGUCUUAGCAGGUCCUACAAACAUAGGCCUUACCCUAAAAAAGGCACUUUUAUCCACAAAGACCAUGGUAGGGGAAACAUUUUUAAAGAUCUGUCACUGUUCUGACUCUAACAUGAACAUUCAUGAGGUGGUAGUUGAUAAACUACCUCAAAAAAAACAAAACAAAACAAAAAACAAAAACAAAAAAAACUCAACCAAAAUUAAUUGAUUCAUUUUGGCACUUCUGGUCACCCCUACUGAAAGGGCCAAAAAAAAAACCCGUUGAGAAAGGAGACUACUUUUUGUCUGGUAAAGGGAGGCAUUGCCUUUAAAAGGAGCAGUAGGAACUGUGCAAAGCCCACGAGCUCAUCUAAAAAACUGAAUAUUGAAUAUACACACACUGGUUGUGUUAUUGAG